AUGAAGACUUUGCUGCUUCUCUCCGUUUUGUGCGGGCUCCUCGCUGUUGGUCCAGUCAACGCUGUCCCUGUGGAAGCGACUGCAGAAGAAGAGGUGUCCAGUGUCUCAGGUUAUGUUCCAGCUGAAGAGGUGUUGACAGAAGAGGGAGACUCUGGAGAAUACGUACAAAAAACAGUAAAAACAGCUGAAGACGGUGCUCCAUAUUUCCAGUCAAAUGAACAACCUCUCGCUUCCAUUUCUCGCGCAGCCGCAGCUCGGUCAAAGGCGAGUUGCCCUCAGGGAUGGCGUCUGUAUAAGGAGAACUGUUUAAUGUUCAUGAACCUGAGUUACACCUGGAACAACGCUGACGCCAUGUGUGAGAGUCUGGGGGCGAGUCUGGCCUCGGCUCACGACCUGGGAGAGUACAGCUUCCUGAAGCAGCUCACCUGGAGAGCCGGCUUCCUCACCGCCUGGAUGGGAGGUUACCGCUUCCAGGGUUUCUGGAAAUGGGAAGACGGCACGCCCUUUGACUACAACAACUGGUACCAAUCCACCAGCUACGAAUGUGUCCAUCUGAACAGCCAAGAGUCCAGAGGUUGGACGAGCGCCACCUGCACCACUCUCCACCCUUUCAUCUGCUCAAUCAAACUCUAUCCCUGCUAA